GUGCACACGGAGCGCAGGACCCCACUCACUUUCCAUGUGACGUCACAGGUCCCGGGACAGGGCCCUCCCUGCACACAGGCCAGGACCCCUCUCACUUCCUGCCGUAAAGUCACAGGACCCUGGACAACCCCGCCCCCCCCCCCCACACACGGAGGGCAGGACCCAUUCACUUCCCACCCGAUGUCACAGGACUCCGGACACUACCUUCCCGGAACAUGGGCGGGACCUGUCUCACUUCCCGCCUGAUGCCACAGAUACCCGGGACACAACCAUCUCCGCACGCAUUCAGGGCCCCGCCCACCUCUUUCUGUGACGUCACAGGUACCCGGAUACAACGCUCCCCGCAUGCGCACUGGAGCCUGCUCACUUCCUGCCUGACGUCACAGGCCCCUGGACGUCCGAGCGUAUCCUGGAGACCCAGGCGGUCAGGGGAAGGUCUUCCUCCUCGGGCGGAGGGAACAUGGCAGGAGGCAGAGGAGUGGCCCUGUUGGUCCUGCUGCUGUCCUGCUGGCGCCAAGCGGGGCUCCAGCCCGUCAACGUGACUUCAGGUCCAACUGAAGUGCCACCCAGUUCAAAAGGUCAGGAGGACAUGCCAGGAGUAUUCGAUGAAAUUCUAGUCCAAGAGAUGUUGGAUCCAAAGAGAUCGUCACCGGCUGGAAAUCAAAGCACAUCAGCAUUAUCGACACAGCUGUUCAAGGAUAGAAAUGCCGGCGUGGAUGAAGAUUUUCAAGUUGGUGGCGCUCAGAGUUACCAAGGACUCUCAGAUAAUUCACAAUUCUUUGUUGGCAGCGACGACAAAACUUUGAAUAAUGACGUCCCGUGUCGCCCAGGAACCGCCCGCCCAGCACCCCUGCCCGUGGGUCUGACCUGGAAAAGCAGAGGUGGCAGGAAGGUCCCGGCAGGAAAGAAAUUAAAAACUGAUCAAUAUAAAAAAAUAUCAAUUGUGGACAAAAUCCUCCAAAACAGUGGAAAAGCUUCAGGGCACACGUUCCGGUAGCGGAGGCGGCGGCUGAGGGUCCGAAGAGGGCGGUCAGCAAGGCCCUCCGCUCCGAGGAGCCCCCCCAGCAGGGCAUCCCGGCCGUGGGGGACCCCGCGCCCGCCCUCAGGAAUAAAGAGCACAUUGGUGCGCAUGCUGUUCA